AUGCUGGAUGAACAGCUAGAGAAAGCUGCACUGAUCACAGGUUAUGGCCAUGGCUUUAACCAAAACAAGCCAUCAUUAAAGGAGCCUCACUGCUUGGAAAUUCAUGACACCAAUCAACAAGUCCUGGUGCUUCAAGGGAAGACCCUUAUAGCAGUUCCUCAUGAUGAACUGGUGGACCCAAAAAAACUGUGCCUGUGCUGUGCAGAGAGUGAAGGGAAGCCCAAACUGAAGCUGGAGGAGAGGGACAUAAUGGAAUUGUAUCAUACCCAGAAAGCAGAGAAGUCUUUCGUAUUUUUCCAAAAUGCAAGUGGCAACACUUCUACCUUUCAGUCAGCUGCCUAUCCUGGUUGGUUCACCUGUAGUUCAAAGGAGAAGGGGAAACCCAUCACAAUGACAAAGAAUGUGGGAAAAGAUAAUGUAAAUUUUUAUUUCAAUCACAAGAAUUGA